CAAUCUAAAGCCACAUCACUCCAUUGUAAUAGUGGGUUUUACCUGGAUACCGUGGUAAGGAAGCAAUGGUCCGGUUUCAUGCAACUGUAGGACCGUAUCUCCCGCUUCUGUUUUAGGACUUGGCUAUGGAAUAGAAGAAAGGUUAAAAAUGCUCCAGAACGCUGAAGCAGAGCAGACAUUUAGCCUGUGGCAAAAGCCACUUUCUACCCCUUUUACUUCCGUUACUCAUCAGCUUGUAGAUUUUCAGUGGAAACUGGGCAUGGCUGUGAGCUCCGACAGCUGCAGAUCUCUCAAGUAUCCGUACGUGGCAGUGUUGCUGAAGGUGGCAGAUCAUUCUGGCCAAGUGAGCAGCAAGUCCAUUGAAAUGACAAUCCCACAGUUUCAGAAUUUCUACAGACAGUUCAAGGAAAUAGCUGCUGUAAUUGAGACUGUGUGAGAUCUGAUUCAUGAUUCUAAAGUGAUGGACUCUUCCUUCCAGAAGAGCACUGCAUAUGGAUCACAGGAUAUUUAAACGGUGAAAAUUUGGCUUCUCGGGUUGGAGAGAUGGCUUGGAGGUUAAGAGCACUGGCUGCUCUUCCGGAGGUCCCAGGUUCAAUUUCCAGCACCCAUGUGGACGCUCACACCUGCCUGUAACUCCAGUACUGGAGGCCCCGACACAUGCAGGCAAAACACCAAUGCAUAUAGAGUAAAAAUAAUUAAGAAAAGAAUUUCGGGCUAGAGCAUUGACUGGUCUUCCAGAGGUCCUGAGUUCAAAUCCCAGCAACCACAUGGUGACUCACAACCAUCUGUAAUGAGAUCUGAUGCCCUCUUCUGGUGUGUCGGAAGACAGCUACAGUGUAUAUAUAAAUAAAUCUUUUUUUAAAAAAAUGAUUUCACUUCUAAUUUUUAAAAAUAAGUUUUAAAAAAAUCAGAUAAACCCUUAUUUUAGAGCUGACCAAUAUUUAGCCUGGUCAGUGAGCUAAAAGUGAGUGCGUUGACCACUAAUGUGUGUAAAUUAUGUGUUAUAUCUUCAUAAACAGAUAAGUAGGGAUAUUAUUAAAUCGAACUCAGUUCUGUGUAUUAGAAAAUUUUCGGGGCUGGGGAUUUAGCUCAGUGGUAGAGCGCUUACCUAGGAAGCGCAAGGCCCUGGGUUCGGUCUCCAGCUCCGAAAAAAAAAAAAAAAAAGAAAAAAGAAAAAAAGAAAAUUUUCAAAUCUUACUGAUAACAACUAACUAUAAAUAAAAUCUUGUCUAGAAUUUAUAUGAAGUUAAGAAAGUAAUAAUCGAUUAAAACUGCUUUACAAAUUCAGUUUUAUGACAUGCCUCAUGAAAUAAAGAAAUUAUUGAAUUAGUGAGAAGAAUAA